UAAAUAUUGGUGUAAUGUAACCGGUUGGGUGUGAUUGGUGUCAGCUUCAGCAGCAAGACAACCUUGAGUAGCCUGGAUUCAGGCUAGCAAACAAGUCUGGAUGGGAAGAAAAUGAGAAAUGGAUCCCUGUGCCAAGUGACAAUUUUCCCAGCUGUCAGCCAGUAUUAUAGAUUGGAAACCUGACUAGGCUUUCGUCCAUAGUUAAUUGAACAUGGCUGUAUUUUCUGCUAUUAUGGUCAUAAAGGAAUAAUGUGCUAAACGAAAAUGAAAUUCGUAUGAAGUCGUGUAAUGAAGCUUUGUCUGUUAUUAUCACAGUUGAAGAAUAAAUGAUCUGAAGAGAUAUGACUCAAUAAUUUAAUGGAAAGGUUUUAUGAGAUUGGAAAACAUCGUUAUUAGAGGUGUUUAAUUGUGUUUUGCCUCUCAUAGCAAUAAUUAACUUAUUGGAUUUUACUGUCAAUGUGUAGUUAUUGUGAAAUUUGUGUUUUUCUGAAUAGGAUGGCAUGAAAUAAUAAGUUUAUCCUUCAAUACUUUUCAUUUGACUUAAUGCACGAAUUUUGGCAUUUAAAAAAAAAAUUCAAAUAUUCCAAUGUUGAUCUUUAACUUGAAAAUUGUAAAAUGAGAAUAAUUAAUUUAUUUGACUGGUAUUGGUCCAUGCUUUUUAAAUGAAAUGAAAACAACCUAUUGUUUUCCCAUUGUGACCAAAAUAUGGAUAACAAAAUGUUGAAAAAGUAAGUGAAUAAUUUCAAUUCAAAUCACUGGCUAGCCACUAAACAUGUUUUCGACGGUCGGAAUGCACAAUGUCAGUCACAGGAUGACGAGGUUUCACCGUUUUCGGACGCUGUCAACCUCUCUUGGCCCACAGAGCAAGAAGCAGUAUCGCAAGGGAAUCUUCAUCCUUCUCGUUUCCAUAGUGAUCAUGGUGACAGGCAUCGUAUUCACAGUGCUAGUCAGUUGUUUCAAAACCACACCACUUAUGGGCCUAAAGAAAUGGAGAAGUGGCCAGUUGCCAUGGCUACACAGGAGUUUCUGGAGAACUGUGGAGUCCAUAAGGGGAAGAAACUAACACUUUUCUGUGAGGACCACAGCAAGCUGUGCUGCGAUACUUGCAUUCUGCUGAGUCAUCGUCAGUGUUCAAAGGUGACCUUGAUUGCUGACACAUCUCUGUCUGCAACAGACCAUCAGCAGCUGUCAGCAAAGAUUAACUUCCUUCUUAGUCAACUUAUGAAGCUGCAGACUAAUUGGGAGAGCAACCUGAAGUCACUACAGGUUUCGCAUGAAGAGAUGCUUAAAGAGAUAAGAAGUAAGAGGGAGAGAAUAAAUGCCUCCUUAGAUGAGCUGGAGAAGGCCACACUGAAGGAAAUGGAUGAAGUUAAGGCCAGCUGGAAUGCGUCUCUCAAAUUUGAUGUUGAUACGUGCUCCAGGCUUUAUACUGAGCUUACAUGUCUCAGUGAUGCAAUACAGGAGAUUGGGAAAAAGAACAAAGAGUUGGCCUUCAUAGCGCGUCAGAAAAGUGAAGAGAUGAUAAAACAAGCAGACAAAUACCUGAACAACAAUUCGAUGCAAACAGAAGUGUCCUUAAAAUUUAUCAUUUACAAUGACAUUGAAGCGUAUUUAUCGAACCUUACAGGUCUCGGCCAUACCAUUUACAUUACAAAGGAAUUUACAACGCAGGAGAGCCCAGACCAGGCUAUCAUAGUCACAGGGGCAACUCCAGUGAGUGUGAAAAUACCAAGUGAUACUAGCCUAAGGGCAACCUGUAGUAUCUACGGCAUGUGUGGAAUGUUCAAUGGUCAGAUACUUGUUACAGAUUGUAAUAACAACAGACUGAAGCUGUUGGACCUGCAGCUCAAGGUGGUCAGUGAUUGCGAUAUGUCUGGCGAUCCAUAUAACAUGUGUCUGAUCACCCCCUGUCAGGUAGCAGUAGCUGUGAACAAACAUAUACAGUUUGUAUCAGUAAACAGUGGACAGCUGGUGAAGGGCAGGAGGCUACAGCUACAACAUGACUGUGCAGGAGUUGCACAUCACCAGGGAGACCUGUAUGUAACCUCUGGCCAAGCUCUGUACAAGUACACUCUCACCGGAACACUUGUGAACAAGAUGUAUGAGGAUACGUCUAAUUCUUACACAGACUUGAGAUGUGCAGUGAGUCCAAGUGGUGACAGGAUCUAUGUUACCAAUGGUUACCAACACAAGCUCCUCACCCUGGCCAGAAAUGGGGCUGUUAUCUCCACCUUCACUGACACAGAACUUACAUUUCCAAAGGGAGUAAAUGUGACGCCUGCAGGACAAGUGCUUGUUUGUGGUCAAAACUCAAACACUGUAAUACAGGUUGACAGAGAGGGCAAGAAGAAGAUUGCUACACUUGCUACACAGAAGGAUGGACUUAACAACCCUCUAUCAGUCUUCUAUAAUCAGAAAUCUGGCUCUGUCAUUGUGGGACAAUACAAUAAUGAAAACAUCCUGGUGUUUAAUUUAAAAUGAAAUCAAUGUUCCGAGAAAAGCAUCCUUAUUGUUUACAUUUUAAUACAAAAUUAACAUAUAAAGCCUUUUUAAAUUUAUGAGGUUCUUUAAAUGUCAGAAGACAUUAAAUGUUGUCCUUUUGAUUUUCUUUAAUUUUGUUAAUGUUACAUGAACAGCUUCAAAAUAACAAGCUGAGAUGAUUUUGGGUUCACUAUAAAACAUUGUGAGUUUAAUUGAUUAUCUUAAUAAACAAUGAUCCAAUUGUGUUAAGUUGCAUUCUAACAAACUUCUUACAUUUUAUUUACGUGCUUACUUCAGGACAUACAUUUUUAACAUUUUAUACUGUUUAUCUUUUUGUUGAAACAAGUUUGCAAAAUUGUGUGAUGUUACAUUCUAUUUAUUUGUUAUACAUGUAUUGCCCUCAUGACUAUUCUAUUAUUAUUAUUAUUAUGCCCCUCUUCGAUGAAGAAGGGGUAUAUUGUUUUGCUUGCUGUCUGUCCGUAGACCAGGAAUGUCCGUAAACCAGUUUGUUUCCAAUCAAUAACUAGUCAACGAAUUGACCGAUUGGCUUGAUACUUCACACGUGCAUUGGCCUUGGACAGUAGAUGACCCCUAUUGAAAUUGGGGACACUAGGUCAAAGGUCAAGGUCACUAUCACACUAAGUGUGAAAAUGCAAUGUCUAUAGACCAGUCUGAAUGUCCGUAGACCAGUUCGUUUUUUAUCUUUAACUCGUUAACGAAUUGACUGAUUGGCUUGAUACUUCACAUAUGCAUUUGUCUUGGGCCGUGAAUAACCCCUAUUGAAUUUGGGUCACUAGGUCAAAGGUCAAGGUCACUAUUACACUUAGUGUGAAAAUUGUUUCCGAUCAAUAACUCGUCAACAAAUUAAUUGAUUGGCUUGAUACUUCACAUAUGCAUUGGCUUUUGACAGUAGAUGACCUCUUUUGAAAUUGGUGUCACUAGGUUAAAGGUCAAGGUCACUAUCACACUAAGUGUAAAAAUCGUUUCCGUUGCUGUGGUGUAAUGGAUAUGGUGUCCACCUAGCGACCAGAAUGUCACGGGUUCGAUCCCCACCGUGGGAGCGUUCUUUUGAUCUCCCACAAAGACACCAAGUACUGGUUCUAGGCCCAGAAAACGGACUAGAGAGCCUUUAUAUAAGUCUCAGGCUUUCAAUGUAAUCGAGCUAAAAUAAAUAGGUUUAAACUAAAGGUCAAGGUCACUAUCACACUAAGUGUGAAAAUCGUUUCCGAUCAAUAACUUGUCAACCAAUUGACAGAUUGGCUUGAUACUUCACAUGUGUAUUGGCCUUGGACAGUAGAUAACCCCUAUUGACAUUGGGGUCAAUAGGCUAAGGUCACUGUUACACAUUAAGAGUAGAAUCCUUUCCGAUCAAUAACCCGUCAACUGAUUUACUAAUUGGCUUGAUACUUCCCAUAUGCAUUGGCUUUGGACAGUAGAUGUCCCCUAUUGAAAUUGGGGUUACUAGGUCAAAGGUCAAGGUCAUUGUUAAACAUUUAGUGUUAAAUCGUUUCCCAUCAAUAACUCGUCAACUGAUUCACCAAUUGGCGUGAUACUUCCCAUGUGCAUUGGCCUUUGACAGUAGAUGAUCCCUAUUGAAAUUGAGGCCACGAGGUCAAAGGUCCAGGUCACUGUUACACACUUAGUCUGAAAUCGUUUCCCAUCAAUAACUCGUCAACUGAAUCACCUAUUGGCUUCAUACUUCACAUGUGCAUUGGCCUUGGACAGUAGAUGACCCCUAUUGAAAUUGGGGUCACCAGGUAAAAGGUCAAGGUCACCGUUACACACUAAGUGUGAAAUCGGUUCCGAUCAAUAAUUGGUCAACUGAUUCACCUAUUGACUUGAUACUUCUCAUGUGCAUUGGCCUUGGACAGUAAAUGACCCCUAUCAAAAUUGGGGUCACUAGGUCAAAGGUCAAGGUCACUUGGAAUAAGUAUGAAAAUUGUUUCCGAUCAAUAACUCAUCAACAAAUUGACCGAUUGGCUUGAUAGAUUACAGUAGAUGACACCUAUUCAAAAUGGGGUCACUAGUUCAAAGCCCUGUUUGGAGGGGCAUAUGUCUCCGACUGCGGAACACUUGCUAUUAUUACUUUAUAUUUUUAAUUAUUAUCAUCAUCAUUAUUAUACCAAAUCAUGUUUAUUUUUUAUAAGAAGUUGGUCAUAAAACAGUUAUUAUGUUGACAUUUGGGAUCAGUUUAUAAAAGGAUUUUUCCUCAGCUUUGGCCUUGGGCAACAUUUCAAAAUAUUGCCCUACUCGUGGAAAACAGUUUGACUGUACCCAAAUGCCAAUGAAAUACCAGUGGAAUUUAAAAAAUAAUGAUAUCAAUUUGAUGGUCAUUAUUCUUUUUCUGCUAUCUUGUAUUGUGUAUAGCCAAUUUCACUUAUGAAUCCAAGCAAGGUGUAUAUCCUUAUAAAGAUAAUGUCAUCUGUUUUUUAUCUUGCAAUGUGGUAGUUUAAAAUGGCGAUGUUCAGUCUGAAAGAUGUUUGCUAUGAAACGAAAUACAGUGGGUAAGUCUCAUAAGUUUUAUUUUGGUAAAGUAAUAUGCCAGGGGCCGUAUUCGCCAACCCAUUCUUAGACUUAAGAAUAAAGAAAAGACUUGGAACCAAGAAAAAUGCAUUCAGUGUUUGAAUAUAUAGAUGCCUCCACUGGUAAUUAUGUCAUUAACAUUGUUCUAUAUGAAGAAUGCCACUGAUAGAGGUGUUUAAUAACACAUUUUACUCAAAAUUCAAGCAAUUAUUGAAUAAAUCAAUUUAAAGAAUAUUCUUAAUUCUUAGACUUAAGUCUAAGAAUUGUUUGGUGAAUACGUGCCCAGUUAUGUGAAUUUGCCGUAAUGAGAAAAUGCAAAAUGUGUAAGUGUACGAUUUUUAGUUGUUCGCUUGCAAACAACUAAGGUUAGUACUACACGUUUCAAGUCGGUCUGCUCUUAACUACGCUAAGAAUGAUAACCACCUCAUCUGAGGCUAUUUAUAGAUGCUGAUAAACAAGUAUAGUGGGAUGUUGUGUAACCUCGUUCAUAGUGCAUGCUAUUAUUGCUGUUUCAGGGAAGCAUUCUUUUGUUCUCAACAGAUAGCUGCGAUCUUUUGUAUUCCCGGGUGCUAAAUACGCAAUUGUAGAAGGUUAAGUUUGUUUACAUUCACAGUUCUCAAUUAAUAAAACGUUGAACAUGGGUUCACUAAUUACUACAGGUAUAUUAAAGACAACAACAAAAAUGCUUUAUAAUCCCUAAUACCAAAUAUAAGGCAGUCGGCAUAAAUGCUAACUUUGAAAUAAAGUUUGCAAUUUACGUUUCUAAAUGAUUAAAAUGAAAACAAAAGUUUAA